AAAGGUCACUUUGUUUUAGUCUUAUGUGGCUUUAUAACUGUUAGUUUAAGAUUGUCUUUCUUUUGUUGAGAUGCAUUUAUUUACAUUUGGUGUUACAGGUUUACCAAAAAAACAAGCCGUCACCAUCACCCUAUCUCUGCUUGUGAAUAUGUGUGGGAGGAGCUGAUUAUAAAUUUAACAGAGAACAACCAGUGAGGCAGUUUCUCUUUCAUUAGAGGUCUGUGGAGAACUCACUCAACAUGGAGACGAAAAUGUUGUUCUUGAUUUUUCUUUUUGGACACUUUCAUGCAUCUUUUGAACAAACAACAACUUCCUUAGCUGCAGACAACCAAACAUUUGUCUCGGUAGAGACAAUUACAAAUUCAACGGAUCCAGCAACAACAACAGUGGCACCAACAAGCUCAGCAAUUACUGAGACUUCCUUGGCCACAACAGAAAUUGCAGAUGCAGCAACCACUGCCCUCAACUUGACACAAAUAACAAGAGCAGAGCCUCUGGUCCUCUCAACAGCAGCAGACACAACUACUACUACUAUUACUUUAGAGCCAACAACAGCAGGACCUCCAGUCGUACCAACAUUAGCAGGCACCACAACUACUACUGCUGCUACUACUUCAGAGCCAACAACAGUAGGACCUCCAGUCCAAACAACAGCAGCAGACACAACUACUACUACUGCUGCUACUACUACAGAGCCAACAACAGUAGGACCUCCAGUCCAAACAACAGCAGCAGACACCACAACUACUACUGCUGCUACUACUACAGAGCCAACAACAGUAGGACCUCCAGUCCAAACAACAGCAGCAGACACAACUACUACUACUGCUGCUACUACUACAGAGCCAACAACAGUAGGACCUCCAGUCCAAACAACAGCAGCAGACACCACAACUACUACUGCUGCUACUACUACAGAGCCAACAACAGUAGGACCUCCAGUCCAAACAACAGCAGCAGACACCACAACUACUACUGCUGCUACUACUACAGAGCCAACAACAGUAGGACCUCCAGUCCAAACAACAGCAGCAGGCCCCACAACUACUUCUGCUGCUACUACUACAACAGAGCCAACAACAGUAGGAACUCCAGUCCAAACAACAUUAGCAGACACAACAAAUACUUCUGCUGCUACUACUACAGAGCCAACAACAGUAGGACCUCCAGUCCAAACAACAUUAGCAGGCCCCACAACUACUUCUGCUGCUACUACUACAGAGCCAACAACAGUAGAACCUCCAGUCCAAACAACAUUAGCAGGCCCCACAACUACUUCUGCUGCUACUACUACAGAGCCAACAACAGUAGGAACUCCAGUCCAAACAACAUUAGCAGACACCACAACUACUACUGCUGCUACUACUAUAGAGCCAACAACAGUAGAACCUCCAGUCCAAACAACAGCAGCAGGCCCCACAACUACUACUGCUGCUACUACUACAGAGCCAACAACAGUAGGACCUCCAGUCCAAACAACAUUAGCAGGCCCCACAACUACUUCUGCUGCUACUACUACAGAGCCAACAACAGUAGGAACUCCAGUCCAAACAACAUUAGCAGGCCCCACAACUACUUCUGCUGCUACUACUAUAGAGCCAACAACAGUAGAACCUCCAGUCCAAACAACAGCAGCAGGCACCACAACUACUACUGCUGCUACUACUACAGAGCCAACAACAGUAGGACCUCCAGUCCAAACAACAUUAGCAGGCCCCACAACUACUUCUGCUGCUAAUACUACCGAGCCAACAACAAUAGAACCUCCAGUCCAAACAACAGCAGCAGGCACCACAACUACUACUGCUAAUACAGAGCUAACAACAACUUCAAUCCAAACAGCAGUACCAAACACAACAACUACAACUACUUUAGAGCCAACAACAACAGUAGUAUCUACAAUCCAAACAGCAGCACCAAACACAACUACAACUACUUUAGAGUUAACAUCAACAGCUGUGCCAACAACAACAACUAUGCCAACAACAUCAACAACUGUGCCAACAACAACUAUGCCAACAACAACAUCUUUUCCAACAACAACAACAACAACUGGGCCAACAACAACUACGCCAACAACAUCAACAACUGUGCCAACAACAACUUUGCCAACAACAAUGACAACUUUGCCAACAACAACAACAACUGUGCCAACAACAACAACUACUGUGCCAACAACAACACCAGCCCCAGCAAAUGCUACAUCUGUCAAAUCAACUACAACUUCACCGAUCACCAUAACCCCAUCAGGGAACACGACAAGUUUUCCAAAUUUUGCACACAUUCAGAUGACCCUUACAACUAAUGGAGAAGUCAGCAAUGCGACCAUUAUUGAGCUUGUAAAACAGUUUUUCAACAAUCAAAUCUUCAAUGGAACACCCCACAUUGUCAGCGUUACAAACAUUCAAAAAAUUGGCCCCAUCUCUUGAAACAAUAUGUGGAUGAAAUCCACAAAUGAAUCCGUACAAUGGAAAGAUAACUUAUUGUACACAUGUUGUGUUAAAUGGCUAAAAUGUUUUAGUUUACUUGAAUACAGUUGUAUUUGAGUUAUUUUUAAACCACAUUUUUAUUCAUUUGUGUUGCCUCAAAAAAAAAAAAAUUGCUGCCUUCCUUCCUUCCUGAAUAAAGAAACAUGUGAUAUGUUUUUUGCUGUAAUAUGAUGUAGUCUAACAUGAAAAUCUGACAUCAAGGAAACAGCAGUGUGGAGAACAUUCCCAUGAUUUGCAGCUGUAAGAGUACACAUUACACUAAAGAGGUUAAACAAGUCAAGUAAGUUUCAAGCUCAUGCUUUUGAUUUAUCUACGAUCAACAAUGGACAUGACUUCUCAGAAAGAGGAACUCAAUGUUAAAAAUCCUCAUAUUUUCUUUUUGGCUCUGGAGUCCUAAAUGGGACUUUAAACCAGUCAAAUUCUGCACAAAAGCAUAAAAAUGUUUGUAUUUUUGUAUAAAAACAAAAGAUUUGUCAAAUGUACAGAAAACUCCAUGGCAUUGUACAGGACAUGUAAGGAGCACUUUUUGCAAACAAGAUUACAUUACACACACUACAUUUAAGCACAACUUUCAGAGAAUGUUGUGGAAAAAAGAUGAAGGAUAAUUGUUUGUGUUUCCAUCUGGUACAGAUGAAUUAUAUUUCCUUGCUCUUUGUGUACAGUUUAAGAUGAAUGAAGAAGAUUUUUGAUUGUUGUAUUUUCUGAAAAAGAAAAUGCUUUGAAAAUGCUUUGAAAAGAUAAUGCUUUGAGAAAUGCUUUGUGUUAUAGUAUCAAGAAUUUCUCCUGUGUUGCUGAUACUUCUAUCUUUGUGAUUUUAGUACCUCUUGUAAGAAAUGUUAAUCACAUGACUUUUGAAGUGCAUAACAACUCUUAAGACUCAUUUAUUAUGGAACGUCAAAAAACAUAUAAAGAGAUGUAAAGCACACAGUGCCGUCUCUGUGUACCAUUUUCUUGAAAAGACUAACAAUAAAGGGAAACUUUCCAAAGAGAA